AUUCCAUUACUGCAUUAGGAGAAAAGAAUACGGGUGGGUAGUCUAAAUCCUGAAAUCGGAAAAAAAGUGGGAAAUCUUGAAAUACAGAAAUUGGGCAAUGGUUUCCAGAUGGGAAAUACCAUCCAAGGUUCUUGAUGGAAUGAAAUUUACAUGCUAUAGUUCUGAUGAAAUAAGGGCUUUGAGCGUGAAAGAAGUCACAAACCCACAAAGCUUGAACUUCUUGCUACAUCCAACAGAAAAUGGUCUCUAUGAUCCUGUAUUUGGUCCACCCACCAGACUUGAUGACUGUAAAACAUGUGGAUUGGGAUCGAGUGGAUGUCCUGGCCAUCUGGGACAUAUUGAAUUACCUAUACCCAUCUACCAACCAGUAUUUUUCAAGACACUGCUUGACCUCUUACGUGCAAUGUGUUUGAAAUGCCAUCGAUUCCUAGUUGAUAGAUCAAAGCGACUUCUCCUUAUUUAUAAAUUGAGAGCUAUCAACAAAGGAAUGCUUCAACUUGUUAAUGAACUGGAAGAAACUUUUUAUAAGGCAUCACAAGAUUUUAUUGAACAAGGAAUAGAGGGUGUAGACUUUGAAACACUCGCUGAUGAGUUGGAAAAAGUGUAUUCUUCAGACUGCAUUGAUUCUUCAGCCUGCGAAGAUAACAAUAAACCAAAUAAUCAUGGUCAGACUUAUUUUUCAAGAAAUGCAAAUGAAUGCAGAAGAAAUAUUGUCAAAGAUUUUUUUACACAAACACAUAGCAAGAAAAAAUGUGAUGCAUGUGCUUCAGUGUGUGCCGCAUUCAGAUCGGAAAAUAGCAAAAUAUUUGUUGUUGCAAGUAAAGACAAAACAAAGGAAACAACUCAGUACUACAUGACUCCUAUUGUAGCGAGAGAACACAUAUCAGAAUUAUGGAAUAACGAUAGAGAAUUAUUAGCAAACAUCUAUGGAGCUUUUCAUGAUGCUUCCUUUUCUGAUAAAAAGCAUUCUGCUACUGAUCUUACAAAUCCUGAAUCCGGUGAUUUAUUAAAGACGCCUGAAAGAUCUUCUGCUAUAGAUGUACUUUUUUUAACUGUUAUACCUGUUCCCCCUUCCAAAUAUCGACCUGUGAUGGCCGUGAAUGGGAAAAAAUUUGAAAAUCCACAGACAGCAAUUUAUUCCAAGAUCAUACUUGAUUGUAUAUUACUUCGAACGCUGAUGGUAAAUUUAAAUGAAGAAGAGCCUGGACUUGUAGAAGAUGUUUCAAAUAAAAAAAUAAAUGUCAGAAGUCUGGGAAAUGAUGAACCAGUGGAAGAAGUCAAGAUUUCAGAUAGAAGUCUAGACAUGCUGAAAGCAAUUCCAGGCAAAACGAAAGCAGAAAAGCUGGAGAAUUGUUGGGAUCGCUUGCAACAGCAUGUUAAUAUGAUAUUCGAUUCUGAAUCGGGUCGAUCUUCAUUGCCAUCAUCUGAGCAAUGUCCUGGAAUCAAACAAAAAUUGGAAAAGAAAGCAGGACUUUUUCGAAAAAACAUGAUGGGAAAAAGAGUUAAUUAUGCAGCAAGAUCUGUGAUAUCUCCGGAUCCUUAUAUUGCUACACACGAAAUAGGAGUCCCUUUAUGUUUUGCUUCCAAACUAACCUAUCCCACACCAGUCACUCCAUGGAAUGUCAGGCAACUUCGGGAACAUGUCAUCAAUGGACCAGAUGCUUACCCUGGUGCAACAAUAGUUGUUCAGGAGGAUGGGUCAAAAAUUCUUUUAAAAGCUGAUAAUCCUCGACAACGACUCGCAAUUGCAAAACAACUUAUGGCUCCUCAAAGUGACACAAAGAAGCGAAAACCUGGAUUGAAGGGAAUUAAAACUGUGAUGCGGUAUAUGCAAAAUGGUGAUGUAAUGCUAUUGAAUCGACAACCUACUCUCCAUAAAGGAUCUAUAAUGGCUCACAAAGUUCGUGUAUUGCCUGGGGAAAAAACAUUGAGGCUACAUUAUGCUAAUUGUAAAUCCUACAACGCAGAUUUUGAUGGUGAUGAAAUGAAUGCACAUUUUCCUCAAAACGAACUAUGUAGAGCAGAAGCCUUCGAAUUAAUGUCGACCAACUCUCAGUACCUUGCUGGCAAAGAUGGGAAACCUCUAAGUGGAUUGAUCCAAGAUCAUAUGGUUGCUGGUGUUCACAUGUCUAUCAGAGGAAGGUACUUUACAAAAGAACAAUACUAUCAACUUACAUACAAUGCAUUAAUGCAUAUUCCAAGAAAAAUCAAGCUUCUACCUCCAACGAUUUUGAAACCCGAAAAACUAUGGACAGGAAAGCAAAUUUUCAGUACAAUAUUGCUCAACAUAACGCCUACUGGUUCUCCAUUGCUAUAUUUACAAGGAUCAUCGAAGAUUAGAUAUUCUGAUUGGAUAAAGGAGAAUUCCAGAGCUCAUUACAUAAAGCCAAAAGAACUAUGUGAAUCAGAGGUUGUUAUCCGGGAAAGUCAACUUCUUUGUGGAGUGUUGGAUAAAAAUCAUUAUGGCGCAUCAGAAUAUGGACUCGUUCAUGCAAUGUAUGAGCUUUAUGGAUGUAAAAUCAGUGGAGAAUUAUUAACAUGCCUCGCAAGAUUAUUCACUGCAUUUUUACAGCAGUAUAGAGGAUUUUCAUUAGGUGUGGAAGAUAUUCUCGUAACAGCUCCAGCAGAUUCUGGUAGAAAAAAAGUUAUAAAGAAAACAUUGAACAGUGGACAGAGUGAUCUUGCUGCUGCUGUUGGUUUAUCUGAUGAAAAUGAUGUUGAAGCAAUUGCAUCAAAAAUGCAGAAUGCUCAUAUCUCAAAAAUAACUGAAGUUGAAGAUGGACUCGCAGUAUUUGAUCAUGCAAUCAAGAAAACAAGCAAUGAUGUGAAUGAUAGAAUUGCAAAAUAUUGUACUGGGAAUGGACUAAAUAAAACUUUUCCUGACAACAACUUACAACUCAUGGUUUUAUCUGGUGCAAAGGGUGGUGCGGUCAAUUGUAUGCAGAUAUCAUGUUUGCUUGGACAGAUUGAAUUAGAAGGUCGUCGUCCACCACUGAUGUGCUCUGGAAGAUCUCUUCCUAGUUUUCGACCAUAUAAUAUAACACUACGAGCCGGAGGUUUCAUUUCUCAAAGGUUUUUGACUGGAAUUCGACCUCAGGAAUAUUUUUAUCAUUGCAUGGCGGGAAGAGAAGGCUUGGUGGAUACUGCUGUGAAAACUAGUAGAUCUGGAUAUUUACAAAGAUGUUUGAUCAAGCAUUUGGAAGGAAUAGUUCUUGCUUAUGAUUUGACUGUACGGGACAGUGAUGGAAGUGUGAUGCAAUUUUUCUAUGGUGAAGAUGGAUUAGAUAUUGGAAAACAAUCGUACCUUAAUACAAAACAACAUCAAUUUUUAAUAGAAAAUUUCAAGGCUGAGAGCAAGUUACUUCCAUCAUAUGAAACUAUUGAAUCAACAUGCAUUGACACAACUAAAGCGGAAAAAAUGUGGAGAAAAUAUAAUAGAAAAAUAAAAAGAAAGAAAAAGGCAGAAAAGAAAAUCAGAAAAGAAAGAGGGGAAAGAGUUGAUGACACAAGAAAAUCACCUUUUUUGCAGUAUUCAUUAGAACACCCUGAAUUAAGUAAAUCCAAGAUAAUGCUACAAUGGAGAAAUCUCACUUCAGAGCAGAAAGAGCAGCUGGAAGACAAAGUUGAAAUAUUUAAAAAUCCAGAUCCAAUUUUUUCGAUAAUAAGACCAGAUAUGAACUAUGGAUCCAUGUCAGAAACUUUCAGAAAAAACCUUGAAGAAUAUUUGAAAACAAAUCCAGAUAAUUUACCAGAAAAGAAGAAGAGAAAGAAUAAAGUGCCAACUUUAGAGAAAGUCAAAGCCAUGCUUUCUCUCAAAUAUCAACGGUCACUUUGUCAACCUGGUGAAGCAGUUGGUUUGAUAGCAGCUCAGAGUAUUGGAGAACCAUCUACACAGAUGACUCUGAAUACUUUCCAUUUUGCUGGAAGAGGUGAAAUGAAUGUAACACUUGGUAUUCCAAGGUUGCGUGAAAUAUUAAUGACUGCUUCAAAACACAUUAAAACCCCACAAGUCAUCGUUCCUGUUCUACCUGGUAAAGAAAAACAUGCAAAAAAAUUACAAAAAAUGCUGUCCAGUGUAGAACUGCAACAGGUUUUGAACAAGAUCCAUGUCCAAGAACAUUUGGAUGUUGAUUCGAAAACCGCUGGUCAUAGGUCACGUCAGAGCAAAAUUAUUUUGGAACUUCUACCAGAAAAACAAUUUGCCAAAGAAACUGCGAUAAGAAGACCCGCAAUAUUAGGUUUCAUAGAAAAAACAUUUAUUCCAGCUCUUUUAAGCAGCAUAAAUCAGCAAAUUAAACGCAGAGAACAAGAAGAAAUGGUUUUCAGUCAGAAAAAAGGUCGUAGUAAUUCCAAUGAAGAUUCUAUUAACGCUGAGCCGGAUGAAGAUAUUGGAGAAGAGCCAACCACUGAGCCUGAAUCGAAAGACAAAGUAAAUGAUGAGGAUGACAACGAUGAUGAUGAUGAAGCUUUUGACCAAGAUGAUGCAAAGAAAGGAAAAAAUAAACAAGAUUUUGAAGAAGAAGAAGAAGAGGAAGAUGAAGCAGAUGCUCAAGAAGUCGAUCUGGAAGAAUUACCCCAAGAGUUUUCGGAUUUGGAAUGUAUUCUGGAUAAAACUGUUUGUCAAGAUUACCAGGAGAGAGUAUCAAAAGUAAAACAAAUGAGUGUUCAAACUGUUUGUGUUCUGGAUUAUAGUUUUGAUGCUGAAAAUAGUGGAUGGUGCAAGAUAAUCAUUGAUAUGCCCCUGAAAGCUGCACAACUCAAUAUAGUGUCAAUAGUGGAGCACGAAGCGAAGACAUGUUAUGUUCGGAAGAUCAGUGGCAUAAGUCGUUGUGUGCUCCAACAAAAUCCACAGAAUUCUGAGGAGAAGAGAAUUGCCACUGAAGGAAUAAACUUUUAUAAACUCUUUAAUUACGGGGAUAUAUUGGACCUUAGACGGUUACAAUGUAACUGUGUUCACUCGAUUGAAGUAACAUAUGGAGUUGAAGCUGCUGUUCGUGUAAUUCAAACAGAAGUUGCGAAUGUGUUUGGUGCCUAUGGUAUUCAAGUUAACAAGCGACAUUUAAGCUUGGUUGCUGACUAUCUUUGUUUUUCGGGAAAAUACAAUGGUUUCAAUCGAGCUGGUAUCGAUAAUUGUGCUUCACCCUUGCAACAAAUGACUUAUGAAAGUACAGUUACUUUUCUAAGAGAUGCUGCAUUAGCAGGACGAUGGGAUUCAUUGCAAUCACCUUCUGCAAGAAUCGUAGCUGGACAGAUUGUUAAAACUGGUACUGGUUGUGUCAAUCUACGUAUUCCACUGCUGGGAUUCUGAGUUAGUUUAGUAUUCAUCAGGAUUGUUUUUCAUUAUUAUUUUGUGAUGGACAUGUUGACCCAAGGCCGUUAUAUUCGCUUUUCAAUUUUUUGUGAAUUGAAUCAUGGUUAUUUAUUCAAACACUGCCAAUCCACUUUGCUUUUUAUAAAACAAGUAGCUCAUUUAUUGUACUUGUGCCACAAAUCAUUCUUUUUUCAUUACUCUCUCUCUUGACUCUGUUCACUGGUGUGUACUUCAGUACAGUGGUGUGGUAUUAAUAAAAGAUUACUGCCAAUCCAUUAAAAUUUUGAAAACAGUGAUGUAUUUCUUGUUCAAUAUAAUAAUUUUGCUUUACGAUAUUCUCUUGGAUUAUGCCUAAUUUAUUUUUUUGUGCAUAACAAUCAUGGGUGAAAAAAAAUGAAACCUAGACAGAACUAGAUUCUAAUUUUGUUACACAUCA